GCUCCCGUCUCACUGUCUCUCUUGAGUGAUUCCAGAGACAGAGAGGACGACAGCUCAAGUGAAAGAUCAGAUCCAGCACUGAUGAUGUGCUUCAUGAUGUGCAAAUGUUCCUCAGUGCUCCGGGUUCUUCUGCUGCUCGUUCUCCUGGAGUUCUGCUCCGGAUAUCCAGCUGAAGAUGAGGAUUAUUACAUGCAGGAGCUUGUGAGUCGAGAGCAUUACCACCGUGUCCCGUCCACAGAGGACAGCGUGACGGACGGCCAUAAAACCCCAGGACGAGCCGUUCGGAAGGAGAGUAAAACCAGAUUAACCGCAUCCAAACAAACAGCUGGAUCUGAUUCAGUGUCAGUGAAAGCGAGUGAGAAGAAGACGGCAGUGAAGACGGUCACUAAUGCAGACGCUCUGUUUGUUUCUAAGAGAAUCAAUUGUCCUCCUCUGGGUCUGGAGACUCUUAAGAUUGAUGAUUUCCAGCUUCACGCGUCCACCAUGAAACACUACGGUCUGGGACCUCACAGGGGUCGACUCAACAUCCAGGGGGGUUUGUUUGAAGAUGAUCUGUAUGAUGGCGGCUGGUGUGCUGGUAGGAAUGACCCGCUGCAGUGGUUUGAGGUGGACGCUCGCAGACUCACCAGAUUCACAGGUGUCAUCACUCAGGGGCGGAGCUCUCUCUGGUCGAGUGAUUGGGUGAGUUCAUAUAAGGUUCUGCUUAGUAAUGAUUCUCACAGCUGGAUGACUCUUAAGAACGGCUCCAGAGAUCUGAUUUUCCCUGGAAAUCAAGAGAAGGAAAUUCCCAUCCUGAACACUUUCCCAGAACCAGUGGUGGCACGUUACAUCCGCAUCAAUCCUCGAUCCUGGUACCCCGGUGGCAGCAUCUGUAUGCGCGUGGAGAUCCUCGGGUGCCCGAUGCCAGAUCCAAACAAUUAUUACAGGAGACGAAAUGAAAUCACCACCACAGAUAACCUGGACUUUAAACACCACAGUUAUAAAGAGAUGAGACAGCUGAUGAAGGUGGUGAAUGAAAUGUGUCCGAACAUCACGCGCAUCUACAACAUCGGCAAAAGCUACAACGGACAGAAACUUUACGCCAUCGAGAUCUCUGACAAUCCGGGAGAGCACGAGCUCGGUGAGCCUGAGUUUCAGCUACACGCCGGUUCCCAUGGUAACGAGGUGCUGGGGCGGGAGCUGCUGCUGCUGCUCAUGCAGUUCAUGUGUCAGGAGUAUCUGUCCGGUAACCCGCGGAUACGCCACCUGGUGGACGAGACACGCAUACACCUGCUGCCGUCCGUCAACGCCGACGGUUACGAGAAAGCUUCUGAAGUGGGGUCAGAGUUGAGCGGCUGGUCUCUGGGCCGCUGGUCUCAGGAUGGUCUGGACAUUCAUCAUAUUCCGGAUCUCAACGCUCUCCUCUGGGACGCAGAAGCCCGUGAACGUCCGCGCAAAUACAUCAACCACCACAUCCCCGUCCCAGACUGGUACCAGUCCACAAAUGCCACUGUUGCCAUAGAGACCCGCGCUCUGGUGUCAUGGAUGGAGAAGAUCCCGUUCGUGUUGGGUGGGAACCUUCAGGGCGGCGAGCUGGUGGUGACGUUCCCAUACGACCGCACACGCUCUGUGAUGGCGCUCCGAGAGACCACGCCCACUCCCGACGAUCACGUGUUCCGCUGGCUGGCGUUCUCCUAUGCGUCCACACAUCGACUUAUGACGGACGUCAGUCGCCGCGUCUGCCACACCGACGAUUUUGCCAAAGAGGACGGAACCAUCAACGGGGCGUUGUGGCACACGGCUGCAGGAAGUAUGAAUGAUUUCAGUUACCUGCACACAAACUGUUUUGAGCUCUCCAUGUAUGUGGGAUGUGAUAAAUACCCGCACGAGUCAGAAUUACCUGAAGAAUGGGAGAAUAACCGCGAGUCUCUGCUCGUCUUCAUGGAACAGGUUCAUCGUGGAAUUAAAGGUGUAAUCAGAGAUGUUCACCGUAGAGGAAUCGCUAAUGCUGUUAUCACUGUGGACGGGAUCAAUCACGACAUUCGUUCAGCGGCUGAUGGCGAUUACUGGCGUCUGUUGAAUCCUGGUGAAUAUCGUGUGAUGGUGCGCGCCGACGGCUUCAGCAUCAGCAGUAAAGUGUGUGCGGUCGGGUACGAGAUCGGUGCCACCAGGUGUGACUUCACACUGAACCGCUCGAAUCUGUCACGAAUCAAAGAAAUCAUGAAGAAAUACAACAAGCAGCCAAUCAGCACGCGACAGAGACACAGACGACUGCACACAUAGAAACAGAGGUGUGUGUGUGUGUGUGUGUGAGAGUGUGUGUGUGUGUGUGUGUGUGUGCGAGUGUGUGCCAGUGUGCAUGUGUGCUAGUGUGCCAGUGUGUGCCACUGUGCGAGUGUGGGCCACUGUGCGAGUGUGUGUGAGUGCGAGUGUGUUCCAGUGUGCGUGUGCUAGUGCGAGUGUGUUCCAGUGUGCGUGUGCUAGUGCGAGUGUGUGCCAGUGUGCGUGUGCUAGUGUGCGAGUGUGUGCCAGUGUGCGUGUGCUAGUGCGAGUGUGUGCCAGUGUGCGUGUGCUAGUGCGAGUGUGUGCUAGUGUGCGUGUGCUAGUGCGAGUGUGUGCCAGUGUGCGUGUGCGAGUGUGUGCCAGUGUGCGUGUGCUAGUGCGAGUGUGUUCCAGUGUGCGUGUGCUAGUGCGAGUGUGUGCCAGUGUGCGUGUGCUAGUGCGAGUGUGUUCCAGUGUGCGUGUGCUAGUGCGAGUGUGUGCCAGUGUGCGUGUGCUAGUGCGAGUGUGUUCCAGUGUGCGUGUGCUAGUGCGAGUGUGUGCUAGUGUGAGUGUGUUCCAGUGUGCGUGUGCUAGUGCGAGUGUGUGCCAGUGUGCGUGUGCUAGUGCGAGUGUGUGCCAGUGUGCGUGUGCUAGUGCGAGUGUGUGCCAGUGUGCGUGUGCUAGUGCGAGUGUGUGCUAGUGUGAGUGUGUUCCAGUGUGCGUGUGCUAGUGUGAGUGUGUUCCAGUGUGCGUGUGCUAGUGCGAGUGUAUGCCAGUGUGUGUGUGCUAGUGCGAGUGUGUGCCAGUGUGCGUGUGCUAGUGCGAGUGUGUGCCAGUGUGCGUGUGCUAGUGGGAGUGUGUUCCAGUGUGUGUGUGCUAGUGCGAGUGUGUGCCAGUGUGCGUGUGCUAGUGCGAGUGUGUGCUAGUGGGAGUGUGUUCCAGUGUGCGUGUGCUAGUGCGAGUGUGUGCCAGUGUGUGUGUGCUAGUGCGAGUGUGUUCCAGUGUGCGUGUGCGUGUGCUAGUGCGAGUGUGUGCCAGUGUGCGUGUGCUAGUGCGAGUGUGUUCCAGUGUGCGUGUGCUAGUGCGAGUGUGUGCCAGUGUGCGUGUGCUAGU